AUGGCCCCCGGCAACUCCUCCCGCAACUUCUCCGCGCCGGAGGCUCGGAACGGCUCAGCAGCAGAGAAGCCAGCACCAUACACCAACGUGAUCAUGCCCAGUCUCUUCAGCAUCAUCUGCUUCCUGGGCAUUGUGGGGAACCUCAUUGUCAUCUACACUAUUGUUAAGAAGAAGAAGCUGAGAUGCAAACAGACCGUGCCCGACAUUUUCAUCUUCAACCUCUCCAUUGUGGACCUCCUCUUCCUCUUGGGCAUGCCCUUCCUCAUCCACCAGCUCCUAGGCAAUGGCUCGUGGUACUUUGGAGCUCCCCUGUGCACCAUCAUCACCGCCCUGGACACAAACAGCCAGAUCACCAGCACCAACAUCCUCACAGUGAUGACACUGGAUCGUUACCUGGCGACUGUUUACCCCCUAAAAUCUACCUACAUCCGGACCCCGGGUGUGGCAGCUCUAGUUAUCUGCUUGGUGUGGCUGCUCUCCUUCCUGACCAUCAUUCCCGUGUGGAUGUACGCAGGUCUUAUGCCUCUGGAGGAUGGGACCGUCCGCUGUGCCCUCUUGCUUCCCAACCCGGAGACUGAUAUCUACUGGUUCACCCUCUAUCAGUUCAUGCUGGCAUUUGCAGUGCCCUUGGUCAUCAUCUGUGUGGUGUAUUUUAAGAUCCUCCAGCACAUGGCCACCACCGUGGUCCCACUGCCCCAGAGGAGUCUCCGGGUACGUACGAAGAAGGUGACCCGCAUGGCAGUUGCCAUCUGUUCCGCCUUUUUUAUUUGCUGGGCUCCCUUCUACAUCCUCCAGCUGGUUCACCUUGGCAUUGACACACCAUCCAUGGCCUUCUUUUAUGCCUACAACUUUGCCAUCAGCUUGGGCUACGCCAACAGUUGCCUCAACCCCUUCCUCUACAUUGCCCUCAGCGAGACCUUCAAGCGCCAGUUCUUGGUGGCCAUCCGCCCUGCAAAAGAGCCCUGUCGCAACAGCAGCUCUGCCAACAACAACAGCAUGACAGAGGCCAGUGUGUGUCUGAAACUGGCACCAGAAUCCACCCAGCAGACUCAGUUUCUGGAGGAGUUUUCCCCGCGGUCACGGCCGGUGACGGUGGCUGUUCACUAGGGCGCUCUGAAGCGCCCACAGCAGAAAGACUUCAGGUCUGUAGGUGGAUGGAGAAGCAGCAGCUUCAGGCAGCUUUUGGAGAAGCAUAUGGACUACAAAUUUCCACCUCCAA